AUGUCCAACGCCCUCCAAAGCCAUCCGCCCGUCGUGCCGAUGCCGCGUUGGUCCUGCGCAAUUGGCUGUGCUAGGGCUGUCAUCGCAAUCCUGGUCCUGGCCUUUACUGCCGCCUGUACUGGUAUUUGGGGCGGAUAUCCCGCCUUCGGUAUUACAUUAUUCACUGCGUCAGCAACGUUGAUUGUCUUUGCCUACUAUUUCGUCGCAUUGUCUCGCGAGAGAGCGCUCUACAACCGCUGGGCUAUUCUCGCCAUCGAAGCCUGUGGUACACUCUUGUGGCUGGUCAGCUUUGCACUGCUAUCAAGAUGGACGAGCUUCUACCACCGUUUCUGGUAUGGCAGCGGACAGAGCUAUGGCUUCUGGCAUGCUCCGUUCAGGCCCUCAGACAUGGGUCUUAGUCCAAGGAGCAUCGUCAAGAGAUAUUCGAGCACCAGAAGAGCAGGCGUAGCCCUCGCGGGAACGGCUGCUGGGCUCGGCGGUCUCGAAUUUGUGCUCUUUUGCGUGACCCUGACCCUCUUCGGAAUAGCUCUUCAUCGCCAGAGAGUGGCUGGAGCCAGCCGGGCUGGAACCACCGCUGCGCCGACUACACCCCCAACACCUGCAGCCGCACCUGCGACGGAUGGCGAAAAGGUGGAAGAGACGACGCUGAACAAACCCGGGCCAGUGGUGGUUUGA